GGUCGGCCUGGUUGCUUUGGUUGCUUUUCAAUAGAAAUGCAACAGUAAAGUAACUAGAGAGAUCAUUAGUAGUUCUGAUAGUCUGAUAGUUUCAGCUCCUCGCGACGGGGAUUGUCGAUCAUCGUCAACUGAAUUGAUCUCCGCUUGACUAGCUCGAUGAUUGCCCUUUCCCCCUCCCUCGCUAACUUCCAGUAUAUUAUCGCCUGAUUGACCUUGCGUCCCAAAAGUACGACUCCGACCAAUUGAUCGCGGCGCCCCGACUAUCUGUGACUAUCGCGACCGUCCCUCACUUUCCGGUUCAGCGUCAUCCGUUCGUGGAAAUUCCACUUAUCAGCCUUUAGCCUUGCCGGACGUCAUACCGCGGCCUUCUGGGACGAGCCCCACGUGUUGCUACUUUUCCUUUGCUGGCUGGCGCUUUUUCUUCUUUCUCUUCUGCCGGCCUCUUUUCCCUCUUUCUUCUCUCUCAUCACGCCAUCUUCUAUACGCCAGCGAUCAGGCUAAGGCGACUAACGACUCCACCGAAUCAGUCCACUCAACGAUACCUUCUCUACGCCUGGACUGCGAUCUCAUCCCGCCAGCUGAGCCUAGCCUUUUGCUCCCUUGUCGCUCCCUUUCCAUCGUGAUCGCUGCCGCCCUCAUAGACUCUCAAAUCGAUAUCGUCCUUAUCACCACCGCCUCUCCUCCACCAUAGAUAUAUAGAAACCACACCAUGGACGGCUCGUCUCGCACUCUUACUCCCUUCAACCAACCUCAAUCCACCGUACAAGUCUCUCCGGGAUAUUCAUCACAACCUCAGAACACCCUGGGUCUCGCAGCCGCCGCCGCCGCAGCAGCAGUCAACAGCCAAACCGCCCAGAUGCAGCUUCAAUCUCAACACCCAACUGCAAACGCCAGCGAGCAACAAAACCUCACCGAUAUUUCACAAACCUCUGCUGCUGCUACUACAACGAUGGCUCAGCCUGCAGCGGACACCUACCCCCACCAAGUCACUGGGUCGGGCGGUCCAACGGCGACAGCACCAUUCUUGCGAGACUUCAGUCUCGUCGCAGAGGCAGCCAAGCGGGCACAAAUGUCCGUGAUGGUGCGAGAUCUGGAGAGUGUGACGCUAUAAAUGGCCUCAGCUAGGAAAAGGGCAUCUGACAUCAUUGAUCAUCUCGGGGUGGGAGCACGGGACCAAUAUGACUGAUAGAUUGGAUGGGACCGUUGAUGAGAUAGAGGAUAUCUAUCAUCUCCAUACAAUUAUUUCUUCUUUGAUUAGAGAGGAGUGCGUGGUGUAUAUUUGCGGUUCAUUUAUCUCUGGGCGGGGUCGGGUGUUGUAUUUUCCCUUUUUGGAUUUGUCUCUUCAGUCUGCUUUACACCUCGGUUUACUUUCUUUUAUCCUAUCUACUCAUCCCUUCUUGACAGGCUGAUUCUCUGCGUUGGUUGAACUGCAAUUUUUCUGAUUGGCGAGCACAUACAUAUUAUAUCAUUUAUUAUUACUGUAGGUACAGGUACUUACUCCAUUUUGUUCUGAUUGUUUUUACUUCGAUUGGCUACUACCACCACCACUCCUGUCUAUUAAUCUAUCUAUUCGAAAUUAAUCUAUUCUUCCUUUCGGGCUUGACGGUCGGCGGAGUCCAAACCAAUUCAGCCACUUCCCUACAGUGGA